AUGUCCAACGACAUCCCAAAUCUGGAAGACCGAAGAUAUUUCCCGGCAUGGCAGAAAGCCAUUAGAAAACAUCUCACACCUUCGCAAUGGAAAACCGUAACUUGGCCAGACGGCGGACCACCCUCAAACAGAUUGGACUGUCUCAUAUGGGAAAAGGCUCGGGCGCAGGCAUACAACACCAUCAUCCAGUCCAUUCCCGACGUCAUUCUACUCGGGCUGGGAGCCCACGACGAGCUCACCUCUCUGAGAGACUUUUACCACGCAGAUCACGAGGGGUACACGGUCAGCUGUGUUCCAGGCGGCUGCCCCAGGGACUUGUACAACGUCAUCUGUAAAUGGUUCAACCCAACCCGGGCUAUGAUCGCCGCCCAGAUGAGGUGCAUCGCGAACACCGACCCGGCAAAGAUCGAGGACGCGGAGCUAUAUGUGGCUCGCAUGUGGCUGAGCAAAACAUGUAUCGACCUUUGCCCCACGGAGAGUAAUCCCGUUCUUCUGAUGUUGCUGUGCGAUGCUAUUAAGGAGUCUCAUCCGGCGGUGGUAGCGGCAUUGGUGGCGGUGGACUAUACUUGGUCAUUUUCUCAGGUGCUGUGCGCAUUAUCGCCCGAAGGAUUCACAUGGGAGCCGUCUUUGUGCCCCGCGGAGAGGAAGCGGGUGGCAGACGACACAUCGAGAGAAGCGAAGAGGGUCAAGACGGAACCUGAGGAGGAGGCUUCUGAUGUCACGGUGACUUCGCAGACUAUCGAGGCAUCGAGAUAG